CGGAUCCAGUUAAAGGGAGAUUGUCGGAUCCAGCUCCUCGUCAAUGGGUACAAACAAGAUGGCGGAUAUGGCCCACUCGGUGGGGGCUGCGCUGACCUCACAUUCGCUUUUACUGCGUACGGCGCGGACCUCCACGUGCGUGUGAAACGAUUCGCGACCACGCGUCAGAUUGAGCCACCAUGGUUGCCAACACUACCAGCAAAACAAUGAAGAAGUUCUGGAUGGACUCUAAGAUCCCGGAGGACAGUCGCUGGCAUUCCAAGCACAAGGGCGAUUUCCGCACUUCCGACCGCCUGGCCGACCACUUCGUUGGAAAGCUGCGCGACGUGUGUCGUCAUGAGCAGAGUGCGGUGGCCAUCAUGGUCCGCUUCACGCGUAUCCUGAAGGAGCUGCUGGACUCGUACGAGAGUCAAUCGAAUCUCCUGUUGAAGCUGGCGGACACGGGUCGUGUGGUGACUCUGCUGCACCGGUACGUCAACAACGCGUUGGACACGCUCGAUAUUCUCGACUUAAAGGAGCGCGAGGAAUGGCACGAUCAGCUUCUAAUUGAACGAGAGGAGCGACUCCAAGUGUUCAAGGACUUUAUCCUGGACGAGGAUCAGCUACUUGCUUCACUCGGUGACAAGAACCAGCAGCUCGAGAUCGUGACGUUGCUGCGCUACUGCGUGGAGAAGUAUCACGACGGCAUCACGCCAUUUGCUGGAGAGAAUGAAAAAUAUCGUGACAAGUUGACGUCCGAAGAGCUGGACACGAUAUCCCUGGUUUAUGACGUAGUUGUCCAGAAAGCUGGUCUUGUGUCGGACGAGCUCCCCGAUUGGUUCGUCACUUCUGAACAUGAAUGGGCCUGGGUGAACAGGGCCAAACUAGAAGACAGGAAACUUGGAUGGGACGACAAGGCCAGGAAGAAAGACGCUGACGAAAAUGUGAGUGACGAAGUCCGUGGAGAAGUGUGCGAAGAAGUGUGUAUUCGACUCGCUCAUAUUUGGACGGAGCUCAACCACCCGCAUCUUCGGAAAUUCUAUGGAGCGUCAUACGUCGGCAAGCCUUUUGUUAUUCACGAGUCGUGUUUUCCACCUACCUUUGAGAAGAAUGUGUGGCAUUACUUGGCAAACUGUGCACUUGGUCUUCAGUAUGUGCACGAUCGCGGCCUUGUGUACCACGAUGUGUCACCUGCUACACUUCUCUGCAGUUACUCGGAGCGUAGAGGUGUCUUGGAUGGACUGGGAUUGGCGCCACGAAGCCGUGUGGAUCGGUCCCAUAUGAUUAGAAACGAUAGCAUCGAUAGCCAAACUGAAGAGUCUGCAGAGAGCUACGACGUGUUGAGGUUCGGGAUGGCAGUAUUUUUCGUCCUGUUAAAUGGUCGCAAUUCGAACCUCUCAGGAGAAACACGGGACAAAACGUUCGACUCAUGGAAACACAAAACUACAUCGCGUCUACCGGAUGUUAAACCGGAAUUUAUCAAUGACGACGAAUGGGAGAUGUUACGAGGCCUAUGUGCUGAGAUUCCUGCGGAGAGAACUAAGCUGGACGACGUGAGUUUCAAAAUGCAGCAAUUGGCAGAGGAUGGAUGUCAGAAGCAUGCAGAGGAAUCCCAGUUAGUUGGCAACAUAUCAAACUUCAUUAUACCAAGCUUCGAUGGAACCGUUGCUGAGCUGUUUGACGAACUGGCUGAAGAUCACGAACAGGAAUUUACUCACCAGGAUCGAUCGGUGUUUGAUCGCCUUCGAGACGUGUAUGCGCAGUUGGAACGUGCUGGAGAACUGCCUAAGCUCUUGGUUGAAGAUUUCAGUUUGCUAGUCUGGGAAUUUUUCAGAAUGUUCGAUGAAUCUUUGUCGAGCAGCAGCGUGUCAAUUCAGAUCGCCUCGCAGUCGGUAGCCGGCCAAAACUAUCACUUCCACUACCAAAUCGACCACCUAGUGCAUAGCUGUCCACAGCUACAAGGCCAGAACACUGUACAUCACUGGCAGCCUACUUGGGAUAAAGCUCAGUCUAGCCAGCGAGAUGAAUUACUGAAGCUCCUGAAGAGUCCAUCAACGUUUUUUCAACGUACGAAUCGGCCAGAAGAUAUCGCGAUGCUAAGGUUUGAGGCGCAGACUCGGGCUGGUGCUUACGCUCCGGAUGUUGUGAAGGCGAUGAACACUGUGCUAACAGAAGCGAAGCGGCGAGGUGUGAGAGGUGCCGAUGUGAUUCCCAAGUGGUUCAUCCCUAGCUAUCAGGUAGAGCUGAAGGACCGAAUUGGAAGUGGAGGGUUUGCUUCUGUGAACCUGGGCAAAUGGUUCGGGACAGAUGUGGUUGUGAAAAGACUAAAACCUAUGGCAGUCGAUGAGAACCGUCGAAAUCAAUUUCGUCGCGAGGCAGAUUUGUGGUUUACACUGAACCACUCCAAUUUGAUUAAGUUGUAUGGAGCAUGCUAUGAAGGACCACAACCGUUCUUCGUUUGUGAGCGUGCAACACGUCAGACCCUCACCGACUACUUACGCCCAGAAAAGGGUAGACGUCGUGAGCUGUGGUUUCGUCUACUGCAGGCAGCUCUCGGGAUCGAGCAUCUUCACGACCACAAUAUCGUGCAUGGAGACCUCAAAAAUGACAAUAUCCUCGUAUGCGAGGGAGGAGCUGCAAAAAUUGCAGAUUUCGGAUUGAGUGUUCUGGGAACCACAGCGAAGUCUAAAGAGACGCUAACCACGGAAGCCGUACGUUGGAAAGCACCUGAGUGUUUAGAGGGAGACCUGCCCACGUUUGCAUCAGAUAUUUACGCUUUUGGAAUGUGCAUCAUUGAAGCAGUAACUGGUGAAUUUCCGUGGGGACGGGAUUUGGCGGACAUAAGGGUAAGCCACGCAGUGAGAGUUGAGAAGAAGAUACCAGCGCGUCCAACGAUUUUUAAAGAUAAGGAAUGGAAUCUGGUAGAGCGAAUGUGCCGCUGGGACCCUCAGAAGCGCAUUGGUAUUGGUGCUGUGAUCAAGAUCCUCGAGGACAUCGGAGUGUCGAAUCUGCUUGAAGCCGGUGGUGGUAACAUCGGUUCAACCAAGGUUGGCAUGAAGACCCCAUCGUAAAACGCACAACGUCAAGAGGACAACAACUUUCCGACAGUAACUUGUCUGCGAUCUUGUCUAAUGAAUUAAAUGUUUCCAUCUCGUGCUUCCCUUGGCACUUAUUGCUUCAAGCGCGGCUGUAUUCACUAGUUGGGAAAUCAAAAUCAUUGCUAAACGUUCAAAUACUUCCGUGCUUCACUCGCACCCACGUAGACUUGACUACAUUUGCAUGUAUCGGCUGCCACCAGCUCCACCUGUAGGACC